AUGUCGAUUGACAGCACCGCACGAUACGUGCCCAGCAAGACGCUCCCUAGCGAGUAUCCCCUCAUAGACAACGACCCACACUUCAAGCGUGUCAUCUCAUACGCCAGGCCAUCCGAUUAUGCGUUCGGUGCUACUGCGGCCGCAGCCGGACCCGGUCUCCUCGUCCUGAUGGAGAGGCUCUCGCCGUCUUUGGUCGGUAGGGGCGGCUUUGCUCAGGCAAUGAGGCUUACGGGAGCUGUUGGGCUCACAGGGGGGUUCCUCCUCUUCUAUCAGAGAUCGUGCUUACGCUUCUUCGGCAUGUCGGAGAACUCGCGCGAGUUGGAAAUGGACAUGCGCGAGAUGGUGGACAAGGUCAAGAAGGGCGAGCCCCUGUACGGCGUGUCACAGCUGACGCCCAACAUGCAGGGUGUCGCGGCCAGGCAGUCGCGCUACUCGGCCCUGUUUCACGAGGUGGUGCCGUGGUUCAACUUUGUGAACCACAACCAGCAUGGAGUAGACACGGCCAAGUACUACAGGCAGGCUGAGCGAGAACUCGCAGCGGAAGGCAAGACGCUGAAGGAGUCUUCAUGA